AUGGCUUCCACUGAUCCUCCAGCCAACGGUCUGCACCGCGUCCCGAGUAUGUCGCAGACCUCGGAAACCUCCCAAACGGCACAGGAGUACAUCGCAUCCCAACUCUCCCUCGAGGCCGACGCACGUGAGGCCCUCCCAUACCAGUUUGACACUUGCACCAAACCUCUCGGCCCAUUGCGUCAAUCGGUGUACGCCUGUCUCACAUGCACACCGCCGCCCGCAUCACCACAUCAACAAUUCACGCCAGCGGGCGUGUGCUACUCCUGCUCCAUCAGCUGCCAUGGCGAGCACAAUCUCGUCGAGAUCUUCAGCAAGCGCGACUUCGUCUGCGACUGUGGCACAACCAGGAUGCAGAAUGCCGGCAUCUCCUGCAACCUGCGACUGAAUCCCAAGACUGGCCGCAAAGGUGACGUGUCGGGCGAAGAGGCCCGUGUUGGAAACAAGUACAGCCAGAACUUCGAGGGCAAGUUCUGUGGAUGUGGAGAGGAGUAUGAUCCAGAGAUGGAGAAAGGGACAAUGUUUCAAUGUCUUGGACUUGGACACGUUGAAGACGGGGGCUGUGGAGAAGAUUGGUGGCAUCCAGAAUGCUUGAUGGGCAUGCCAAGGAAGCAGCCUGUACCGAAGACGGAACAACCCAAAGAAGAGAAUGAAGGUCAGCUGGAGACUGUGAAGGAAGAGGGAGAGGACGGUGUGCAGCAACCUGCUACGACUACUGGGGUGAGUGCGCAACCUGCAGAAGACGAGGCACCACUUGGCUUCCCCGACGAGGACGAUUUCGACAAUCUCAUCUGCUACCAGUGCGCCAACGCAUAUCCAUGGAUCAAGCAGUAUGCCGGCACACCGGGUUUCUUGCCUGCCCUUCCCUCCAUUGGGUCUGUAUCGCAGACCAACGGACAUGCCGAGACGAAGGAGGCCACGACAACAGAGGAUAGCAAGAAGCGCAGAGCCGAGGACGAAGCCGAGGAUGCACGGGAGAGCAAUAAGAAGGCCAGGCCGGAUGUGGAUACUACCGAAACUACGACGGCUGCAACCGAGCCACACGAGACAACGUCGCCCAAGCACGCAUCGCUUCCGGCUGCAUCGAGUGAAUCUGUGUCUGUAUUUGUGAAGGAAGACUUUCGUGACCAUCUCUGCCGGUGCCCAGAGUGCUUUCCUCGCCUGGCCAGACAUCCGCAAUUGCUGGAGGAGGAAGAUACCUACGAACCACCAGUAUCGGAGUCAGGUCACGAUGAGAAUGGCUCGGUAGCCGGGCGAAGCGUCCACAGCGGAUCUCUUCUUGACCGUGGAGAAGCAGCGCUGUCCUCUAUGGACCGUGUCCGUGCUAUUGAAGGCGUCAUGGCCUAUAACCACGUACGAGAUAAGGUCAAGGCCUUCCUGCAGCCAUUUGCGGAGAGUGGACAACCGGUUGGUGCCGAAGACAUCAAAGCUUACUUUGCCAAACUACGCGGAGACGAGCAAGCCAUGCGUGAGGCCGGCGUGGGCGCCGAAAGCGGCGGUGCCGUUCAAGGCGACGGACGCAAGGAGCAAGAUGGCCACUAA